AUGGGACCCGGGACGCGAUUGUAUUCUUCCUAUGCACGUGAGCCUUCAGUAAAGGAGUGUCGAAGUGCCGAUUUCGUGAGGAGGGUUUCGAGGAAAGGGGAUCCAACUGUCACUUGGAAGCGGUUCGAUGUUAUUAGCCGAGACUUCAAGAACUUUAAGCUCAACGCUGAUCGGUUUGGAGGAGUCAGGUCAUUGAUUGAUCACAUCGUACGGUGGACCGUCUCGUCGCUGCUGGCAUACGUACCCCACUAUUGGUCAAAAGAUGGGAGACGAAGAAGUCCGAAGAGUACGUUUCAGCCAUCCUGCGGUCCCUCGAAGAAGGCAAGCAUACAUACCCAAUUACACUAUAGAUACGAAAUACCCAUUGUACGGAUGUGCCCAAUUUACGCUGAGGUGAAACCUUGCCGCGUUUCAUCGGGCAGUUUCAAAAGCAGUGUUACCCCGGGCCGUUUGAGCCACCGCUCGAGCAUCUCUUCACCAAAGCAGUUCCCGGCUGCUAAGUGGAACAAGUAUCAGCUGGGUGUACAACGUCUCAUAACUUCCGACGUACAUAUCGGUUUCAUUCCAAAGACCCAAAGUGAAAUUACAUAA